AUGGUGAACCCUCAGGAGUGUGCCAGCCAGGGGAAACCCAGUCUGUCCUUUUCUAUUGAGGAGAUCUUAAAGAAGCCUUCUGCCAAGACCAGCCUAAACAGUGAAACCAGGAACAGAAGUAACUAUGCUGAAAGACCUCCUACCCUAAAAGCAGGAUCACCACUGGAUGUUGAUUCCAGGACUCAAUUAAACAGUGACUUACCUUCAGUCAAAACGUUUCACCCAGCCGUGUGCACUACACCCACAGCUAAGGCAAAGACAAUGCAGUCAGCUUACUGCAGGUGCCCUACUGAUUCCCUAGCUUCCCUCCUGGGUGAGGAUAGGGGAGGUGAACACCUAGAAGGCAAAAGAAAACAUGAGGAAGAUCAGCUAUAUGAUUUCCUGACAGACUAUCCACUUCAUGAUGAGAGGAAAGGGAAACGGAGAAUCCGGACAACAUUUACAGCUGAACAGCUCCAAGAACUGGAGAAGAUUUUCCAAGUGACUCACUACCCUGAUAUCCAUAUCCGAAAUCAGCUGGCAGCAAAGAUCAAUCUCCCAGAAGCCAGAGUGCAGAUCUGGUUCCAGAACCAGCGAGCAAAAUGGAGGAAAAAUGAAAAAUUUGGCAACUUUGGUGGCCUUCAGCAUCUGACAGAAGUUGAUUUCAUUCCUGCUCCCAAAGCAGAUACCACAGUUCCUAGCUUGGUGCCCAGAAAGCUCACUGCUACCAUCCCUGCUGUGGGAUACUACUCACCACUACAAGGGCAUCUGACAACAGCCUGGCUGCCCAGCAUGUUGUCCUUCGGACCCCAUCACUUGGAGCUGCUAUCCUUCCCCAAACCUUACUUGGUCUUCAACUACCAUCCUACUUACAGCACCUCGCUGCCCCACAGAUUGGAAUGGAGCAGUAUCUGUGCCAGCUCCACAUAG